UUUCAGCCUUUCUACUUCACCUCUUCUAAUUGCUCUUCAUUAUUUCAAAUGUCAUACUAAGCUGGCUUAUGUAAUUUUCUUCUGCAAUCAAUCCAAAGCGAACAUACUAGAGAACAACUUUCCACUGGCUCACAUCACUUGCACAUUUAACAAUUGUGUAUGGAAUAGAUCACAUAAACUGAGAACCAAGCAGCAAUAGAUCAAUAGCAGCUGCUACAACAACUACAACAAAAUAUGGGGGCAACUGAAUUGUUUGAGAUAGAAUUAGCUGACAAUCAAGAAUGUCAUUAUUCUGGCACUACAUUAAGUGGCCAGGUUAAAAUUGAUCUGGCUUACCCACUAGAUGUGUCUGGUAUUACAUUAGCAUUUAAAGGCUAUGGCAAAGCUAAAUGGACAUCUUCCGAUUCUAACAAUGAUGAUAUCGUGUAUGCAUCUUCCAGUACUUAUAUCGAUGAGAAAAUUCCUUUAUAUGGAACUCCUGAUCAACUUGAACUACACCGUAUGGACUCUGGCGAAUACAGGUACCCAUUCACAUUUAAUAUCCCCCCAAUGGUACCAUCAUCCUGUUCUGGUGAUCGGGGUAAAGUAAAAUACAAGUUGAUUGCUGUUAUACAACGUUUCUGGAAGUCCUACAUAGAAAAUGAAAAAGUUAUCAAGAUUUUCAGGCCUCUUGAUCUGAACGCUGAACCAGGUCCCUCACUUGAAAUUAAAGUCCAAGAUAUCAUGGAUGCCAGCUGCUGUUGUCUGUCUGAUGGAAACAUUUUUGCUAAGUUGUGUGUCAAGAAGAAUCGCUUUGCCGUUGGUGAAGUCAUUGACUUUGAUAUUGAAUUAAUGAACCGGAGUAAUCGUAAUAUCAGUUCAGGUACACUACGUUUACAACAGAUCGUAGUAUUUUCUGCUAGAAGAACUGAUGGUGUAGAUCCUGAUUCAUAUGAUUUUACCAAAGUGAAAAAAGAGAAGAAUUAUAUUGACAUCUACAAGACAGGCAAAGUACAACCAUAUGAACAGUAUAAAGCUACAGAAAAAGUUCGAAUCCCUCCAGUUGCUACGUCUCAUCUUGAGGGCUGUGAAUUCAUCAAUGUCAUCUACCGAGUUCAGUUUCUACCAGAACAUGUAGGUUGUUGCUCUGAGCCUUUGGAACAUGAUAUUAUCAUUGGAACAAUACCUUACACAGGUGUCUCUGUACCACAAUCAGAAGUCAAUGCUGCACAGGAUGCUUUACAAAAUGCUGCAACAAAUUUACCACCACCACCACUAUCUCAGUCAGUUGUCAGAAUCCAACCUGGUCGUAUGCCUCCACCUCCACCAGGUUUCAUUAUAGAUUUUCUCUCCGAGGACCCUCCGUCCUACACAGAAUGUCUCUUGCAAGAUCUGGCUGCAGCACGAGCCUCAUCUUCACAGAACAUACAAAAGGAGAAAGUGGAAUUAGGUACUGUACCUAUGGAGAAGCCACCAAUCCCUUCUUACACACCCAGUUUCCCUACUGAUGAUGAACUGACUGAAUUGAUGAAUCAUUCAAGCCGUACUACCACCAUCACCACCACCAAUACCACCAAUAUAAACAUUAACAAUAAUUCAACCACAGCCAACAGUGAUUUUGAUAAUAUUUAAUAACAAGCACUAAAUUCAUACACUCCACUGUAUUUCUGAUCAGAGAGAGAGAGAGAGAGAGAGAGAGAGAGAGAGAGAGAGAGAGAGUGUGUAAAAGUGAGCUUUUGAUAACCUUGUUGCCACUACUAAUACAAGUGUUAAUGACAGUUCAAGAAAUUUUGACAGCAUUUUCACUUAUAUGGGCUAAUAAUAAUAACUAAUGCUAAAUUCAUUAAUUUCCAUCCUAUCUUUGAUCUGAGCAAGAGAGCGAAAGGUAACCCACGAUAACUUUGUUAACUCCACUAGUAUAACCAUUAACAACAAUUUAACCACUGUUCACAGUGGUUUCAAUAAUAUGGGUUAAUAAUACUAACUAACACUAAGUUCAUUAGCUCCCAUCUUACCUCUGAUCUGAGAGAGAGAGAGAGAGCAAAAAAAGAACCAACGAUAACUUUGUUACCAUCACUAGUAUAAAUAUUAAUGACAAUUUAACCAAUGCUGACAGUUAUUUCAAUAAUAUGCAUUAAUAAUAAUAAUAUCUAAUGUUAAAUUCAUUAAUUCACUCUGUAUCUCUGAUCAGAGAGAGAGUGAAAGAGAGCCCCUAAUAACUUAGUUACCACUACUUACAAAUAUAACUGACUCUUCAACGCUGUGCAGUUAGUGUUUUCAUUAAUAUGGAUUAAUUAUAACUAGUGCUAAAUUGAUUAACCCCUAUCUUAGCUUUGAUCAGAGAGAGAGAGAGAGAGAGUGAAAGAGAGCCCUCAAAUAGCUUUGUUACCACUAUUAAUACAGAUAUUAAUGACAAUUGAAUAAAUUUUGACAGAGUUUUCAUUAAUAUGGAUUGAUAAUAAUAAUAAUAAUAACUAGCACUAAAUUAUUCAAUCCCACUGUAUCUCAGAUCAGAGAGAAAGAGAGAGAGAAAGAAAGAAAAAAAAAAGUGUAUGUGCAAAGGAGUGUCCUCAAUAAUUUUGGCCAUGGCCUUUCCACUUUAAAUGUUGCUACAUCCAAACUAAAACAUUGAAGACAAAAGAAAACUGGUUCAAAUUUGCAUAACCUUCAUAGAGGAAUAGCUGUUUAAUUUGCUACCAAACUGUGUAAUUGAGAAGAUGAAACUGUGAAUUGUAAUGCUGAAACCAAUCAACAUUCAAUGAUGGAAAAUUAUGAUUAUGUUGAUAAUUCUUCAAAAGAUUCCCUCCGUUUCUCAGAAAAUAUCUGUCCACAAAACUAUUUCUUCUUUCUCAAAAACGUCACCUUCUUUACCACUUCAUGAUUCUGUUUCUGUUUUCAAGUGUCUACGUCUUCUGUCUAUAUCAGUCUACAUAUAUUAUGAUAUCAGUUUGGACUCCCACUCUGCUACACAGCUUUAAUAUUGAUGUUUCAUUGGUUACAUAUAAAGGUCUGUGAAUCAGUGCUUAACGAUGAUGUAAAGAAACAAACUAAGAAGUAUAACAUUUCAGUUUCUUCCUGUUUCUCAGGGUAUUGUGGGUACUUUUAUGCAUGCAUACACACAAACACACACUGUAUUUGCAGGUCUAUAAGACACACUCUUUCAUAAGACAAACCCAUACUUUUUUGUGGAGAAAAAGUAUAUUUUGUGUAUAAACGAAUUUAAUAUGCUUCAUCAUACACUCAUCCACUCACUAUCCCACCCAUAAUACAAUUGCAUUAGAUGCAUACCAAUUUUUUUGUUACAUUUCAGAAUAAAAAUGCUCGUUUGAUACACUGGCGUAUUCGGUAGAUACACAUACAUAUAUAUGUGAAUGCACACACACACAUGUAUGUAUACGCAUAUAAUACUUAUAUAGAAUUUAUCUCCUUGAUUAACAAACCAAAGGGUGGUGCCAUGUGAAAAGCACCCACCAUACUCUGUAAGGUGGCUGGUGUUAGGAAGGGUAUCCAGCCAUGAAAACCAAGCCAAAUAACACUGGAACCUGGUGCAGCUUUCCUGCUUGCCAGCUCUGGUAAAACUGUCCAACCCAUGCCAACAUGGAAAAUGGAUGUUAAAAGAUGAUGCUGAUAAAGAUGAUGAAUACAUUACGUAACUUUACAUCUCAUGAUGUACAGAACACUCAAUUGAUUUCUGUCUUCUUCAUUUUUUAACUAAGAGUACCUGGAAGAUAUAUAAUAUUUAAUGCUACCCUUAUAUUUCUGGAAAUCAUGACCAAGCAAAAAUUAUAGUAAAGUGAAAGGUAAAUUACAUGGUCAGAACCAAAUAACACUGUAACAUGAUUUUUGUCUUUCAGUAGUAACUGUUAUCUCCUCUUUGCUUACUCCUAGAAAGUAUGAAAAAUGGCUAAUAUUUCCUUCAAACUUUGCUUUUGUUACAUUUAUUCAAACCUCAAAGUAUGCCUCUCAACACAUAGCUAUAAUGCUCCCCCACUACUCCUGCUCAUGAUCAGAGAUGCAUGUAUUGCCAGCCACUAAGAGGCAUGCUCAAGUGGUUAAGGCCAAACCACUGACAAGUAAAUAUUUGCUAUAAUGAUAUUUCUGUUUCAGCAACUCAGCACUGAAUCUAUCAGAAAUGUAAUGGAAAAUGGGUCAGUUUCAAAACAAUGAUGUCCAGGUCUCAGAAACAAAAUUUAAAGGGAAUAGUAGUCAUUUCCUUUGAUUUCUAGAUAGAAGCAAAUAGGAAAUAACACUCACUGACCAAAAACAAAACAAAAAAAAUUAUUAUUCAAUGUAAUCUACACUACAAAAUUAAUAAUAGUAAAAUAAAAAACAAAAAUAAAUAAUAGCAAUAAUAAACAAGUGGACUAUUGAAAUAAAUAAAUCAACUUGAUCUAAUUUGGACUAUGAAUAUAAUAAAAACCCAUUAAUGAUAAAUUCUAGAUUUUGUAGGUUUUAAGCCUAUUGAAAUAAUCAAAGAAGUUAAAGCAUAUGUAAUAUUGUAAUUUGACUGAGUCACCUGCAUGGAACCCUCAGCCCUUGAGUCACUCUGUGAUUAAUUUUGUUAAGAUUGAUCCUGAUCCUCAUGGAAUAGUUAACGAAAAACUGAGACGAUUGGCAGUUUGCUGUGCUCAAGAAGACCAGUCUAUUACAACAAAAAAUGAUGUCCUAAAAGCUUUCUGUUCAAGCUUGUAAUCCACUCUGCUGCAUCCAGCAUCCCCACAUUUCAUUUCACUAACACCUAGCUCUCUAUCACUCCUCUUUCUAUGGCACUACUCGGCAACUGUAAUCUUCAGGGCAGAAUUGGCACAUAUUUACUCUCUCCUCAUUUCUUUGCACUAUGUUGCCUUCUCCACCUCCCAUUGGAACCUUCUAUCCCUUAUUAUCCUCUCUUCCCUUCUCACUCUAAUUUCAUUGAUCACUUCCUUUCUGUGCCUUCAAUUAUUUCUCUCCUCUGCCAUAUUCCAUUUUAACACCCUUCUCAUAUCAACCAUCACACCCACACACUAUAACAACCCUACAUCUUCCUCCCCAUCACUCUUACAUCUUCUGAGCUAUCCUCCUCCUCUCUUAGCCACUUAUAUUUCUCACCUUAUUCAUCCCCAUACUAUUUCCCAUCAACUGCACUUCCCCACUUGUUCAUCAUUCACUACCUUAACCUCCCCCCUCUAACCAUCUGUUAUCUCCUCUCACACUUUUGAAACUACUCGCGCUUUCAUCCAUUGUCCAUAUCCUCUUUCCUGCUCACCUACUUGUACCAUGAGAGUUUGCUCCAUCAUCCCCUCGCUACAAUCUUUGUCUUCUCAGCGACUCCCACCCACCCUUAUAUAAUAUUGGAUAGCCAGGUCUCCUUUAUAGCAAGACACCUGUGCUUGCUCUUCUAUCAUACUUUAGUCUUUCAAAGCCUGGCAUAAAGCCACUUACCUGUCAAAUACUCAUAGGAUUUUUUCCUUCCUUUAUCCACUAUUCUUUUUAUGUCUUGCAACUUCACUAGUGCUGGUAGCAUUAAAGAAAAGCACUCAAUACAUACUGUAAAGUGGUUAGCAUAAAGAAGGGCUUCCAGCCAUAGAAACCAUACCAAAGCUGACACAAGAGCUAAGUGUAGCUUUGCAGCUUACCAGAUCUUGUCAAACCAUUCAACCCAUGCCAGCAUGAUACAAGAACAUUAAAUGAUGAUAAUACAUUUGUGAAUCAUUGUUUUAAUGGUCCCCUGUCCAUGCUUGCAUGGAUUGGACAGAGUUUAUAUCCAUAUCUGCAGAUUUUCUAUGACUGGAUACCUUUCUGUAACCAGCCAUCACCUGUUUUCCUGCAAGUUUUUAUUUCCUUAUAGCCAGACAUGUUUUCACAGAAGAUUGGAAAUGAAGUACAUCUAGAGGAGUAGUAACUCUGAAUGACUUGGGUUCUAGUAACGUGUCCAGUCCAUGCCACCAUGGAAAAGUAAGAAAUUAGGUGCAAAAUGAUGAUGAUCAUUAUUAUUCUAUUUGAAGAUCUUUCAAUAUUCCUGGUUAUUUGCAGAUAAUUAUACAAGUUUUAAUGGAUUUAAAUAUGACAAAUUUGUAAAAUUCUACAAUUUUGUACUUUUACCCAAGAGAUUAUUUCAUAUAAGCUUUAACUAAAGGAGAAAAUCAAUUUGCUAUUUUCUUAAAACUAUUUCUAUAUUGCUUCAAUAGCCUUAAAACCAUUUUUAUACAGCUUUUUGUUGUUAGUAAAUAAUAUUUAAUCUAAAAAAAAAAUGGUGCCAUAUAUGAAAGACUUGUUUUAUAUUUGAUUAUUUAUAUGAAAUAUCUCCAUGUAUUCUUCUUUAUGUCAUCAAAUGACACAUCUAGACAGCCAGCACUGUCAGUCAUCAUCACUAUUUGUCUGAAACCAAUACUUUCAGCUUGGUCAUCAAAUCAUUGAUUCAAUACUCAUUUUUUAAAAUUCUAUUUUAGCUUCCCACAAGACUAUUCUUACUAGAGUUCUCUCGUAACAUUUUUCUCUUCCAUUUUACUGGACAUUUCUUACCCUAAGGGUUGUUUUGUUAUUUCUUCUUCCCCUUUUUAAAACAGCUCAUCAGAAGAAAAAAAAAAAAAAACUAUGAUGAAUAUCUAUGGUAGAUGAUUGGUGGGUACAGACAUGUCUUUAAUAUAAUAUUUUUCUUUCAUCUUAUGCUUGAAAUUGCAUAAAUUUCAUGCUUUUAUUUUUUUUCUUCAGAUAUUUCCAUAUGAAUUUUGUAUAUUUUAAAAAAUAUUUACCUCUACCAAAUCAUUGUUGCUGAUUCAUCAUUAUUGUAAUAUAUUUAUUUUUGCUCAUCUUUAAUUUUGUAAUAUUUUCUGAUCUGUUUUACAAGUGCCAUGCAAUAUUGCAUUUCUGUAACUGCAGCAAGUCUUUUCAGUUGCGAUUUCAAAUGUGUAUCAAAUUAUUAUCUCAAGUAAAAUAUUGUUGAAUACUGUUGAAAAUAUGUUGCCCUUAUAUAUAUAUAUAUGUUUACACACGACUUUCUUUCAUUUUCUGUAUAUCAAAUCUAGUCACAAAGCUUUGGUCAGCAAAGAGUUUUGUAUGUGUGUGUGUGCAUGCAUGUAUCUGUGUAUUUCGCCUGUCUUUACUUGUCCACUGACUGUAAACAAAAGCAAUAAACCGUGAAAUUACA